CCGCCGCGCCCCGCCCCUCCUCGCCCCGGGGCGGUCGCUGUCUUGUGGGUGGCUCACCGUUAGCGUUGACUUCGGCCACGUGCGGCCUCCAUGGCGGCCUCGCAGGCCCCGGGGGAGAAGAUUAACAUCCAGGCGGGAGAGACGGCCAAGGCUGGGGACAGGGACCCUCUGGGGAGCGACUGUCCGGAGCAGGACAGGCCCGCCCAGCGCUCCUGGAGGCAGAAGUGCGCCUCCUACGUGCUGGCUCUGCGGCCCUGGAGCUUCAGUGCCUCGCUCACCCCGGUGGCCCUGGGCAGUGCCCUGGCCUACAGAUCCCAGGGCGUCCUGGACCCCAGGCUGUUGGUGGGGUGUGCCGUGGCUGUCCUGGCUGUGCACGGGGCUGGCAAUUUGGUCAACACUUACUAUGACUUUUCCAAGGGCAUUGACCACAAAAAGAGUGAUGACAGGACCCUGGUGGACCGAAUCUUGGAGCCCCAGGAUGUUGUCCGGUUUGGCGUCUUCCUCUACACUUUGGGCUGUGUCUGUGCGGCUUGCCUCUACUAUCUGUCCCCUCUGAAACUGGAGCACUUGGCUCUCAUCUACUUUGGAGGCCUGUCUGGCUCCUUUCUCUACACAGGAGGAAUUGGAUUCAAGUACGUGGCUCUGGGAGACCUCGUCAUCCUCAUCACUUUUGGCCCACUGGCUGUGAUGUUCGCCUAUGCCGUCCAGGUGGGGUCUCUGGCAGUCUUCCCACUCAUCUAUGCCAUCCCCCUCGCCCUUAGCACCGAGGCCAUUCUCCAUUCCAACAACACCAGGGACAUGGAGUCCGACCGAGAGGCUGGCAUUGUCACACUCGCCAUCCUCAUCGGCCCCACCUUCUCCUACAUGCUCUACAACACGCUGCUCUUCCUGCCCUACCUGCUCUUCAGCAUCCUGGCCACGCACUGCAGCAUCAGCCUGGCACUCCCCCUGCUCACCAUUCCCAUGGCCUUCUCCCUGGAGAGACAGUUCCGAAGCCAGACUUUCAACAAACUGCCCCAGAGGACUGCCAAACUCAACCUCCUGCUGGGACUCUUCUACGUCUUUGGCAUCAUUCUGGCACCAGCCGGCAGUCUGCCCAAACUCUGAGGGGACCAGUAGCUCCCCCCACAACGUGUCCCCCUGUCUUAGAAGGUGUUGAAGGCAGAGUUUCUGAGGAGGGAGGGUGAUUUGGCAGAGAGGGACUUAAGGAUGGCUGGUGAACUGUCACCUUUUUUUAUUAUUUGCGUUCUUGAAGAUAGUGUUUUGUUUUUGUUUUUGUUUUUGUUUUCUUCCAUUUUAUGGAGAAUCUUGAAACCACUCUGGUAUCAGAAGGAGGUGAAUUGGAUGCGUGACUCUUGUUUUAUUUAUAAUUUCCACUAGAGGGUGUUGUCAGGUCAUUUGAAAGUGGACUAAAAUGCGCUAAGACUUUGUGAAGGAGUGGCCGAGUUGGCCCCCUGUCCUGAAAGGGCCUUAGUGACUGGGCGAAGUGUCCGCGUUAUCUUGGUCUUGCAGGAUAUAGUAUUAAUUGGUGCCUGGCCUCAGUGACACAGGGAGUACCUGUCUUUUCCUCUGAGCGUUUGGGUCCUGAAAUACACUGCUUGAGAAAGUCUCUCAUUAACAGCCUAGUGUGGCUCCCGGCUUUUUGCCUAAAUUGUGAUUCUGAUGCUUUUGCCCUUCAUCUCUCCUUUCACUUACUGCCACAGUCGAAGAAAAGUGUCAGAUCACCCUGCAGCAAGACCGUCAAGCCCCGGACUGGGAAGGAAAAAAAACCCCACCCUCGAGGCUGCUGAGAAAUCACUCUGCUUUUGGGUAGAAAUUGGUAGGAUGGCUGUUUUCCCUUUGUAGAAUCCACUGGAAUGACAGGGAGGACUCCCAGCCCUUUCAGUAACUGUUAGGAGCUCUGAAGUUGUAGAGGCACUGCUGUCCUUGCGGGCUACUUAAAGCCCACGGGCAGCUUUUUCCCCAGCCCCCGUUGCCUCUCCUGAUGCUCCCCUGCGCCCACCCUCCGUUUCUUUCGGGUUCUCAUUGGUGUGUCUCCCAACUGUGGAGCCUGACUGUUUGGGCAGCAGCUUAGCACUGAGUCAGGGACAGUUACCACUUCCCGCAGAGCCACAGAUGAGCAGACCAGGGACAUCAGCUCCUCCAUGAGUGAAAAAGCCCGUAGACAACGGUCCUGACCCUGUGCACCUGGAAUGCCAGGCGCUGCCAGUGAAGGAACUGUCUUCCUCCUUGAAGACAGAUGUGCAGUAAUGACCCUGCCUCUCCUGAGGGCUUCAGUUGCCGUGUGCAAAGACAGUUUGCACUCAGAGUGGGGAAUUCCCGUGCUGCUCGAAGCUGCUUUUGACUUCACUUCGUCGCCUGUGAAGUGUAGUUUCUGGGCUAGACCAGCUCAGUUGCGUUUGGUCCAAGACAAAUGGAUUGAGGCCGUGAUUGUUACACUUUUCUGUUGUGGUCAUAGAGGUUCUGACAGGUGUUGCAGUCUUGGCCUACAGAAAAUGACAUAAGAAGUAGUUCUUAAUCCUUAAAAUCAGGCUAAUAAUGAUUUGGCUCCUUAAGUUGGAAUUGGGCAGCUUACUUGGAAAAAACAUAUUUGGAAAUUGCAAAAGUUCCUCUAGGUGGUAUGUCUGCAGAGAUCCAGAAUCCUCGAAUAGUGGUCAGAGCCCAGUAACGAGGAAAAGAAGGAUGGCCUUUCUCUCCUGCCUUUCUUCCCAGCACCGUUUUUGUUUGAUGCCAGGCUUGUGGCAUUUCGAUGCUCACCGGGGUCCUGCCUUCAAAGACAUGCUCUUCGGUCUCCUCUUUAACACAGGCUCUUCUCACACAGGGCUCUCCCCUGAGGCUGUAGGACCAAGAGCUCCCUGCGUCCUCAGACCAGACCACCUUUGUAAGCACUCCCGUCGGGGUGUCAGUUAACCUCUGCACUAUGUUCUGGUGCAGAUUUUAAUGCAUAUUUUUGUAUAUAAAUAUUUCUAGAAGGCCCAAUUCGGUGCCAGGUUUUAUAUGCAGGUCACCAUAAUUUCUAUUAUGUCCCGACUCAAUGAAGGUUUUCUUUAGACCUGUUAAUAAAAAAAGGGAAAUGUUUAUCAGUG